AGCUGCAGUGAUCUGACACACUGUGUUACUUUAACCUGAAGAAGAAUCAAACAACUAAUAACCAGCGUCUACCACACAUACACACACACGCACACACGCACACACACACGCACACACCUGCUGAAGGAGACCAGCAUGCGGGACACUACAGCUCUCUGACAGCUCAGCUAAGUUAGCCACAAGCUAGCGGAGCAGCACAGCGUUGAUCGUACUGAACAUGGUUUAGUAGAGACACUUCCUGACUCACAGCUGCUCUCCUCCUUCACACAGCAUGUGGCUCCAGCAGAGGUUGAAGGGUCUGCCGGGUCUGUUAUCUAGCAGCUGGGCUCGCAGACUCCUCAUCGGGCUGCUGCUCUUCCUCAUCUCAUCCUGGUACCUGGGAGCAUGGCGCAGCUGGAGGCUCCUCAGGGGUCCGGCAGGGCCCGGGGGGGCCGCCGGACAGUGUCUGCUGGCUGAGAUCCACAGGUGGAAGUCUCUGGUGGACCGAGGAGAGGGGAUCUACAGCACGCCUCAGGAUCAGCUUCAAACACCUUUUGUAUCUGGUAACGGACAUAUUCUGAUCGACAUGGACUCUAACAAACUGUGGGUCGCGUCCUCUUCACAACCCGGAUCAGCUCCGGUCCACCAGACCGAAUUCUCCCCGAGAGUGGGUAUCCAUCUGGAGGGUACCCGGGCCGAGGCUCAGGCCUCCAUGCUUUGGUUCCGUAAAGGAGCCGUGCUGUCGGUCCGCUGUGCCGCCCUGCAGUCAGUCCGGGACUGCAUCACCAUUAGAGAGGAGUUCAUCGCUCACAGAAGCCGGACUAACGUGUAUCUGCAGCGAAUACACAUCAACAACCCGUCAGACAGACCCGCCUCCCUGGAAGCCUCCUAUGACAGCCCCCCCUUCGGGAGCAAGUUCUCCACCACUGCGGAGAAAGUGGAGGACAGGGAGGUGGCGCUGUAUUCAGGCAGAGUGCCUGUGGAGAAUAAUCGGAUGGUGCUGGUGGUGGUGGCCACCAAGAAGCUGAACAGCAGGAUCCAGGUCUCUGCUAAAUCAGAGUACACAGACAACAUCCUGUCAGUGGUGUGGACCUCAGAGCCCAUCGAGUCCUCCAAGCUGGAGGAGACCUUUAGCACUCUCCGAGAUGGAGCCAAAAAGGAGCUGGGGGAGCUGCUGAGGGCCAGCGUGGAUGAGCUGGUGGUAGAUCACCAGCAGGCCUGGAUGGACCUCUUCAUUUCAGGUGUUGAAAUGAGGAAGAUCACCGACUCCCACACACCAUCAAGCCGCACAGUGAACACCACUCUCUACUAUAUCCUGUCCUCCUCCACGGCUCCCCUGCUGGACCGAAGGCUGAGCGUGGAGGAGCGCACUCGUCUGGAGUCCAGCCUCAACUACGCUGACCACUGCUUCAGUGGCCACGCCACCAUGCACGCAGAGAAUCUGUGGCCUGAGCGAGUGAGCAGCACCGCUCAGAUCUUGCAGCUGGUCACCCUGUGGACUCUGACUCUACAGAAGAGAGGUUGUAAGGUACUGGUGGCGGCCGGAGCCCACGGAGCCAUGCAGGGCAUGGUGCUCAGCUUCGGCGGCCUGCAGUUCACAGAGAACCACCUUCAGUUCCAGGCCGAUCCAGACGUGCUGCACAACAGCUACGCUCUGAGAGGGAUCCACUACAACCAGGACCUCAUUAACUUGGCGGUGCUGGUGGACAUGGACGGGAAACCUUUUCUUCACGUGUCGGUGAAGCAGCAGGAGAAGCCUGUGAAGCUGUACGCCUGCGAGGCCGGCUGCCUCAACGAACCUGUGGAGCUCACAUCAGAGAUCAAAGGUCACACUUUCCCUGUAAUGGUGACCCAACCCAUCACACCACUGCUCUACAUCUCCACAGACCUGCGCCACCUGCAGGACCUCCGCCACACCCUGCACCUCAAGGCCAUCUUGGCACACGAGGAACACAUGGCCAACAGGUAUCCAGGCCUGCCCUUCCUCUUCUGGUUCAGCGUGGCCUCGCUCAUUACACUCUUCCACCUUUUCCUCUUCAAGCUGAUAUACAACGAGUACUGUGGCCCCGGUGCUAAGCCCCUCUUCAGGAGCAAGGAGUGAACUAAAGUGGAGUGUCUGGGAGCAGCUGCUCAGUCAGCCGUGUUUUUAAAAAGGGAAAUCAAGAUUUAUAACAACCUGGGUUUUAUCUUCAUAUACCUGACUGUUUGUUCCAUCAGUUCUACCAUUGUACAAAUGAAUGAAUGAGAUCUGAGAAUGUGGCAGCAUUGUUGAAAAAUAUCUGGCAGGAAGACACACAAGCAGUCAGAUGAUCAGACACCAUGUAAUCAAGGUUACCGUACUAAUUUAGAUCAUUUGGACGUUCCUAGGUCACAUCCUUUUGUUCCUUUUUUGUUGUUGUUGUGUGUAAUGUUAUAAUUCAUAAUUAAUUCAUCCAUAAUUAAUGAGAAGAAUUACAAAAAUAACACCCAAAUUGUACAAAUCUGUACUUUUUUGAAUCACUAGUUAAACUGCUUUGCUCUCUAGCAUGCAACACAUUCAAAUAUGAUGCACUUUUGGCCACACCCUAAUAGAGGCAGUGUGUUUCUACUCAGUGCUAUUAUGUCCAACACACAGUAAAAAUGAUCAACCAGAGUUAGGAGUUAAGUCAGGCUUUAUGUCUGUGUGUGAGGCCAAGCUUAGCAUAAAGAUGGGACACAGGGGGAAGCUACUGUGUAAAAAGUACAAGUCUGUCUUUUGUUCACUUUGAUGGUCUCAUUGACACUGUGUGCUAGAUCUCAUUAGUGGCUGCAGGUCAAUAAAUGACCUCAAUCUUGGGCUACAACUCAAUUAUUUUUGUUAUCAAUUAACAUCUUAAAAUUUUUCUGUAUUAAUCAGUUUAGUUGUUUGGUUUAUAAAAAUGUCCACAACCCAAAAUCCAUAUUCAGUUGACUGUCAAAGAGGACUAAAGAAACCUGGAAUAAAUAUAUAGUAGGCAAAUCAUUGAUUGACUAAUUGUUGCAGCACUAAUUAAAUGCAAAACACCAUGUCAAUGUCAUAGGACAGCUUUUGAGUUGUUGGAUGUCUUUCUUGUCAGCUGUUGAUGGAGUUAGGACAGCUUCCUGCUUCCAGUCGUUGUGUAAACACACAUUCUGGACUUCACAUCUGUAACUCUAACAUUUCAGUCACUGAGUGGUUCCUGAAAUGUGCUCACACUUACACAGACAGACCCUAUUAGGGUGUGGCCAAGAGUGCAUCAUAUUUAAAUGUGUUAUCUGCUAGAGGGCAAAGCAGUUUAACUAGUGAAAAAAAGUGAUAACGCAGCAGGUAUUUAACCCUUGGCAGCCCAUUGAAAACAACUGCUGUGACAUCACAGAUUUGGGUGGCAGCAGGAGUGUGACAUGCUUCAAAGUUGUAAACCGUAAUAUAACACAUGCUUAUUUUCUACAUGUAUUUGUAAGAUAUACUUGUUGGUGCACCUUUUAAAACACAAGUUGUACUCUAUAAAAAUGCUUUUAGUAAACUGAUCACUCUGCACACACCCAAUCUGAACUCAAGUUCAUUUCUAUAGAACCAGUCAUUCUAUGUGUAGAUUCAUAUUAGCUCUUCUCCUUGCCUCUCAGAAUGAAAACACAGUGAUUCUGACUGAAAAAGAUGAAAUGAUUAUGCAACACAUUUUCAAAGGUACAAGUACAAAUAAUGUGUUCAAAACUCUGGAAUGUCUGACUGGUCAGCUUUUCUUUUUUUCUUUUUUUCUUUUAAUUGAAGGGUUUUUUGGGCUUGCUUUACUUGAUGUGAACUACUGAGUGUGCCUUAAUGAAGAAAUUAAUUUAUUGAGCUCUUGGCAAUAGCCAUUAUCAGAUUGAAAUGUACUGAAUGGUUUGUGAUCCUGUAAAAUUGGAAAAAAAACAGCAACUUUGUCUUAAGCUGGGGCGAAUAAAUCACUGAAUUAUUGUGUAAACAUUUGAAAAUAUGCAGUCUGACCAUUUUUCCAAUAUAUUUUUUGGUUUAGAGUAACAAUUUGAGGAAAUGUUAUUAAGUGUAUGGAGUCUGGGAUGUACCACUGUAAUUAUUAGACUUUACAAAUGUUAUUAUAACCAAUUAAAAUAAUCAAUUUAAAGCUA